AUGGCGGCACCGGCAUUGGAGCUUCCCCGGGGAAUCCCAAGAACCGUGAUUCUGAAGAGCAAGUACAACGGCAAGUACAUCCGCUACACAAACGAAGAAAUCACAUUCCAACGCUACCUCCAGGCAACGGCAGAUGCAGCCGCGAGCCCUCUCGCCAAGUUCCACGUGGAGGCCUCCACGACCUCGACGUACCUGGUCCACAUCCGGUGCGCGUACAACAACAAGUACUGGGCCGCAGCGGCCAUCGGCGAACCGUGGAUCGCUGCCGUGGCCAAGGAUCCCGAAGAGGACCAAUCCAACUGGUCGUGCACGCUCUUCGAGCCCGUCCUGGCGGAAUCGGACAACAGGGUUAUCCGAUUCCGCCACGUGCAGCUGAACCGGUACGCCACCCUGUUCGACGACAGCUCGUCCCCUCUCCACAACUUCGUGCAAGCUGUGUCGGAACACCCCGACCUCACGCUCCUCACGGACGCGUACGAGAUGGUGGAUCGGGAAUCUCUCGUGGUGCUGCCCCAGCUCGCGGCGUUUAAAGGCGGCGACGGGCUUUACAUUCAGCCCUCAGGGGGUAGCCUUAUAUUUUACGGCAAGGACAUCGGCGAUGAGUACGUAGGCAGUGAGUUGUUCACCACCUCAGCUGGAGCCAUUAGGAUAAAAAACAUUGCCACCAAUCAAUUCUGGAGGAAGUCGAAUGAUUUGGACGUUAUCGGGGCGGACUCCAACGACACGAGUGAGAAGGACCCGGACACGGUGUUUUGGCCCGUGCAGGUAGAUGACAACAUCAUCGCGUUGCGCUGCCAGGGCAACAACAAAAUAUGUAUCCGGCACACUUAUGUUCAAGACAGAGACGUGUUUGCUGCCGAGUUGUCGACCAUAAGCCAGAAGGCGAGAAUCCAGGUGGAGGAGCUGGUGAUCAGUAGGGAGAUUUACGACGUAGCAUUCCGCGUCCCGGAUGCUAGAAUCUACGACGAGAACAUCAUCGUCGCAGCCUCGGGGUUCGUCAGGAACGAGGGUCCCAACCUUGUGAACCAGAAGGUCACCUUAAAGCACACGGAAACCAAAAGCCACAUGUGGCAAGGAAACGUGACCCUCAAGCUUGGGGUAAAGAUCACGAUACAGACCGGCGUGCCGAUGCUUGUGGCAGGAGCGAUCGAGGUUUCCGCGGAGGCGUCCAGAUCCACCACCUGGGGUGACUCCGAGACGACGUCCGAGGAGCUGACCAACGAGUACGACGCCGUGGUGAGUCCCCAUACUCUGAUGACGGUGAAUCUGGUGGCGACUCGAGGUAUCUGUGACGUUCCGUUCUCGUACACUCAGAGAGACAUUGGCUUGGAUGGCAUACCCGUUGUUACCUAUCAGGACGACGGAGUCUUCACGGGCGUUAACAGCUUCAACUACUAUUAUGACACCAAGGAGGAGCCACUCACCCCUCCACCUUCCGCAUCAACAUCGGAUUGA